GUUCGGUUCUGGUCACCUCAUUUUCGGGAGGAUGCGGAACCUGCAGAGAGGGUGCGGAGGAGAUUUACCAGGACGCUGGCUGGACUAGAGAGCAUAUCUUAUGAGGAAAGGAUCAGCGAGCACAUUCCUGCUGAGGACAGACCUUUCUACGGCGCCCUGAGAGGGGAUUGUUCACUAUGUCAUCUGAUUUGAGGAGACCACAGCGGGCUCACACCAGGAAUAAAUCAUUCUCGUGCUCUGAGUGUGGGAAGGGAUUCAAAUGGCCGUCUGAUCUGCAGAGGCACCAGCGGGUUCACACCGGGGAGAGGCCGUACACCUGCUCUGAGUGUGGAAAAGGGUUCAGUCAGUCGUCCAACCUGGAGGUACACCUGCGCACGCACACCGGGAAGUGGCCGUUCGCCUGCUCCAAGUGUGGAAAAGGUUUCAAUUCAACAUCCGAUCUGGAGAGGCACCAGCGAGUUCACACCGGGGAGAGGCCGUUCACCUGCUCCGAGUGUGGUAAAGGAUUUAAUCAGUUUUACAAUCUGGAGCUCCACCAGCGCACUCACACAGGGGAGAGGCCGUUUACCUGCUCCGAGUGCGGAAAGGGAUUCAUUCGGUCGUACGAUCUGCAGAUACACCAGAGGGUCCACACCGGGGAGAAGCCGUUCACCUGCUCCGAGUGCGGGAAGGGGUUCAACCGCUCGUCCCAACUGCAGACGCACAUGCUGAGUCACACUGGGGAGAAGCCGUUCACCUGCUCCGAGUGUGGGAAGGGGUUCACCCGGUCAUCAAACCUGCUGACCCACCAGCAACUUCACACCGGGGAGAGGCCGUUUACCUGCACUGAGUGCGGGAGGAGCUUUGCCCGGUUAUCGUCUCUGCAGCGACACCAGCAGAUCCACACAGGUGAGAGGCCAUAUACAUGCUCCGACUGUGGGAAGGGAUUCACUCAGUUGUCCCACUUACAGACACACCAGCAGAUUCACACCGGGGAGAAGCCAUACAAUUGCUCUCAAUGCGGGAGGGGGUUCUCUUGGCCGGCUAACCUGGUGAAACACCAGCAGUUUCACACCGGGGAGAAGACAUUCACUUGUUCUGACUGUGGGAAGGGGUUCAUGCAGUUAACAAGCCUGGCCUCCCACCAGCAGGUUCACGCUGGAAAGAGACCGUUCACCUGCUCUGCCUGCGGGAUCGGCUUCACCAGCUUAUCCACCCUGCUGCGGCACCAGCGGAUCCACACCGGGGAGAGGCCGUUCUCCUGCUCGGAAUGCGGGAAGGGCUUCACCACGUCAUCCAACCUGCUAAGACACCAGCGGACGCACACCAGGGAGAGGCCGUUCACCUGCUCUGACUGUGGGACCGGGUUCACCUGUUUGGCUAGCCUGCUGGGACACCAGCAGAUUCACACCGGGGAGAGGCCAUUCAGCUGCUCCGUGUGCGGGAAACGAUUCAUUCAUUCAGCACAACUCAAGACGCAUCAGCGAAUCCACACCGGAGAGAGGCCGUACGUCUGCUCUGAGUGCGGGAAGGGAUUCAUUCGGUCAACCAACCUGCUGACGCAUCAGCGGAUUCACACCGGGGAGAGGCCGUUCAGCUGCUCCGUGUGUGGGAAACGAUUCAAACAUUCAGCAGAGCUGAUGAUGCACCAGCGAAUUCACACCGGAGAGAGGCCAUACGUCUGCUCUGAGUGCGGGAAGGGAUUCAUUCGGAGGGCCAACCUGCUGACACAUCAGCGGAUUCACACCGGGGAGAGGCCGUUCACCUGCUCCGUGUGUGGGAAGGGGUUCAUUCAGCUGUCCCAACUGCAGGCACACAAGUACAUUCACACCGGGGAGAGGCCGUUCACCUGCUCCGUGUGUGGGAAGGGAUUCGCACGGUCAUUCCGCCUGGAGAAACACCAGCGAGUUCACGCUCGGGAGAAAGUUUUCCCUUGCGAGCGAAAGGUCAUCGAGCUGCGGCUCCAGUUCCUUAACGUGUCUCUGAAAAGCUGCGGCUCGGUGUGCCUGGUGCAGGAACGGUUAUCCGGAAGAUGUAUAAACAUAGAACACGACGGCCUAGUGCAGACCCUCGGGCCCACAGUAUCGUUCAUGGACGUGGAACACUACGGCCUAGUGCAGACCCUCGGGCCCACAGUGUCGUUCAUGGACGUGGAACGCCGCGGCCCAGUGCAGACCCUCGGGCCCACAGUGUCGUUUAUGGACGUGGAACGCCGCGGCCCAGUGCAGACCCUCGGGCCCACAGUGUCGUUCAUGGACGUGGAACGCCACGGCCCAGGGCAGACCCUCGGGCCCACAGUGUCGUUCAUGAUUCACAUUUUGGCAUGGGCUAAGUUUUCCUACGUUGUAUCUGGAGAGUGGUUCACAGAUUUAUCCUCCUAUUCAAAACACCGGUGCUUCAUGCCAAUGAAGACAUUUCACUGUGCUUACUGUGGGAAAAACUUUAAGCGGUCCAAUGCCCUGAUCACACACCAGCGGAUCCACACGGGGGAGAGGCCUUUCUCCUGUUCUGUGUGUGGGAAAGGAUUUGCUCGGUCAUCGGACCUGGUGACCCACCAGCGAGUUCACACCGGGGAGAGACCGUUCACCUGCUCCGAGUGCGGGAAGGGAUUCACCCAGUCAAGCUACCUGCUGAUACACCAGCGGAUUCACUCUGGAGACAGACCGUUCACCUGCUCUGUGUGUGGGAAAGGUCUGGCAGAUUCUUCCCAGCUGCUGAAACACCAGCGAAUUCACACCGGCGAAAGGCCGUUCACCUGCUCAGAGUGUGGGAAAGGAUUCACCCAGUCAGCUAAUCUGAAAAGACACCAGCAAGUCCACAGCUGGGAGAGGCCAUUUACCUGCUCCGAGUGUGGGAAGGGAUUCACCCAGUCGUCCCAACUGCUGCAACACCAGCGAGUUCACAGCUGGGACACACCAUUUACCUGCUCCGAUUGUGGGAAAGGGUUCAGUGAGUCGUCAUCAUUGCUGACACACCAGAGGGUGCACACUGGAGAGAAACCAUUUACCUGUUCUGAGUGUGGGAAAGGUUUCGGUCAGUCGGCGUCCUUGUUGAAGCACCAGCGGGUUCACACUGGGGAGAGACCGUUCACCUGCUCCGAAUGUGGGAAGGGAUUCACGCUGUCAUCAUCCUUACUGACGCACCAGAGGGUUCACACCGGCGAGAGGCCGUUCACCUGCUCCGAGUGCGGGAAGCGAUUCAGUCGGUCAUCGUCCCUACUGACGCACCAGAGAGUUCACACUGGGGAGAGGCCGUUCACCUGCUCUGAGUGCGGCAAGGGGUUUAAUCGGUCGUCCAACCUGCUGACGCACCAGCGGGUUCACACUGGGGAGCGGCCGUUCAUCUGCCCCGAAUGUGGGAAGGGAUUUAAUCGGUCGUCCAACCUGCUGACGCACCAGCAAAUUCACACCGGGGAGCGGCCAUUCACCUGCUCCAAGUGUGGGAAAGGAUUUGCUGUUUCGUCAUACCUGAUUAAACACCAGCGUGUCCAUGCCGGGGGGAAACCUGAACACUACGGCCUUCGACACACAGUCUUCCAGGUCGGCGGCAGGACACCAGCGAUGGAGGAUUCCGAGACCAGGAGCGUGAACCGCGGACCGUCUGCCGACCUGCCGGAGUCGCGGGCGCCGGCGCGCCACUGGCCUUUGGACGCAGAGGCGGUGAACCCUGUUGGCGUCGGGCAGGCGCCGUUCACCUGCUCCAGUUGCGGGCGGGGCUUCAGACGGGCGGCCGGACUGACCAGGCACUUGUGCGGCCACGCCAACGACCGGCCGUGGAAGUGCGGGGACUGCGGGAAGGGGUUCAGUUACCCGUCGCGGCUGGAGAUGCACCGGCGCGGCCACACCGGCGAGAGGCCGUACACCUGCUCAGUGUGCGGCAGAGGCUUCAUUUACUCGUCCCACCUUGUCAGACACCAGCGGGUGCACGCCGCGGAGAAACAGUUCACCUGCUCCUUGUGUGGGGGAGGGUUUACCAACCUGUCCAGCCUUCUCAGCCACCAGAAGGAGCACACCGGGGAAAGCCCAUUCACCUGCUCGGACUGCGGGAAGGGCUUCACGUGCCCGUCCCACCUUCGCAGGCACCAGCGGCUCCACACCCAGGAGAGGCAGUUCAUCUGCUCCUUGUGUGGGAAAGGAUGCAGCCACUUCUCCAGCCUGCUCAGGCACCAGCGCGACCACACCGGGGAGAGGCCCUUCACCUGCUCCCAGUGCGGGAAGGGCUUCACUCGGUCGUCCAGCCUUCUCGUGCACCAGCGGGUUCACACCGGGGAGAGGCCGUACACCUGCUCCAUGUGCGGGAAGGGGUUCACGUGCUCGUCCUAUCUCCUGGCACACCAGCGGGAGCACACCGGGGAGCGGCCCUUCGCCUGCUCGGAGUGCGGCCGGGGGUUCGCGUGCUCCUCCGGCCUCCUCAUACACCGGCGGGUCCACACCGGGGAGCGGCCCUUCGCCUGCUCAGCCUGCGGCCGCUCUUUCAUCAGUUCCUCCCACCUGCUGACGCACCAGCGGGUCCACACUGGGGACCGGCCCUUCACCUGCUCCGAGUGCGGGAAGGGAUUCGUCCAUUCGUCCAGCCUGCUCACCCACCUGCGGGUCCACACCGGGGAGAAACCUUUCAUCUGCUCCGUGUGCGUAAAAGGCUUCGGAAGUUUGUCCAGUCUGUGGAUUCACCAACAAGUCCACAAGUGACCACAGGGUUUGAAUUGCUCCUGUUUGUCAAACCUAGGGAGUGACUGCAAUUUCACAUUCUUCUUAUGUUAGUAACCUCAAAAUCUGAUCUAGGAAUUGCAGUUAAAUCUCUAACAAAUCAGAAGGAAUGGAUGUUCAGUUAUAUUUGUUAAUAUUUAAGUUCAAUCCUAGCACAACCCUCCCACCAUCAAAGACAUCUUCAAAGGGCAGCAUCCAUCAUUAAGGGCCCUCACAGUCCGGGAGAUGCCCUCCUCUCAUUGCUACAAUCAGGGAAGACAUGCAGGAACUUGAAGAUGCAUAAUCAAUGUUUAAGAACAGCUUCUUCCCCUGUCAUCAGGUUUCUGAAUGACCAUGAACCCAUGAACACCACAUUCUUUUCCUCUGUUAAUUUAUUUAGUGUAGCUUAUGGUAAUGUUUGAACUGUGGCCAAUUGGCAAAUGGGAGUGUGAGGAGAUAAAGAGGUGACUUCACGGGGGUCUGCGAUUGAAGAUGAAAAAGGCAGCAAUUGGCAGCAGUUUUCGCAGUUUGAACUGCAGCCAAUCAGUGAACGGGAUUUAUUAGCAAGGGUAAAUAAAGAUAAGGCGGGGGAAGUGGAGCGGCCAUUGUGUGAGUGGGCCAGUGUUAGAGUGGGGAAGCUAUGGCUCAUCAGUAUUUGGCGAAGUAAGUAUCUGGUAAGUUUCUUCUUCACUAUUCUUCCUUCCUGGUCAGUUAGAGCAGGGAGAAUGACUUCAGGGGAGGUGUUAUGUUCUUUGUGCAAGAUGUCACAUUCUGGGAGACUUACAGCCUCCCAGAUGACCACAACUGCACCGGGUGCACCAAGCAGCAGAUCCUCGGAGAAGCCAUUGAGGAACUGGAGCUGCAACUCGAUGACAUUAGGCUCAUACGGGAGGCUGAGGAGGUGUUAGAUGGGAGCUACAAGGAGGUAGUCACCCCUAGGUUGCAGGAGGCAGGUAGCUGGGUGACAGGCAGGAGAAGGAAGGGAAAUAGGCAGACUGUGUAGAGCACCACAGUGGCCGCUCCCCUCAAUAGUAAGUAUACAACUUUGGGUACUAUUGAGGGGGAUGACCUACUGGGGGGAGCCACAGAUAGAAACACCCGGAUGGCAUGUUGCCUCCCAGGUGCCAGGGUCAGGAACAUCUUGGAUCAGAUCCGUGGCAUUCUAAAGGGGGAAGGGGGAGAGGGAGCAACCAGAGACUUGGUACCUACUGGCACUGAUGACAGAGGUAGGAAAGGUGCGGAGAUCCUGAAGAGAGAUUUUAGGGAGCUAGGUAGAAAGCUGAAAGCAGGACCUCCAGGGUAGUAAUCUCUGGAUUGCUGCCUGUGCCAGGCGCCAGUGGGGGCAAGAAUAGGAUGAUUUGGCAGGUGAAUGCAUGGCUGGGGAACUGGUGCAGGGGGCAGGGGUUCAGGUUUAUGGAUCAUUGGGAUUCCUUCUGGCGUAUGUAUGACCUGUACAAAAGGGAUAGAUUACACCUGAAUGUGGGCGGGGGGGGGGGGUGCAAAUGUCCUUGCAGGCAAGUUUGCUGGAGCUGUUCAGGAGUUUAGCAGGGAUAUGGGAACUGAAGUGAUAGGGCUGAGGAUGGGGCGGUUGGUAUACUGACAGAGGCAGUCUGCAGUGAGACUGAUGAUGGGGCAAAAUCACAGACAACAGGAUGAGUUGCAAUGCAAAAGGGGGACAAAAAGGGUGAUGAAUACAGGACUGAAGGUGUUAUAUUUGAAUGCUUGCAGUAUAUGGAAUAAAGUAGAUGAAUUUGCAGCACAGAGAUUGUGAGGUUUGACAAUGUGAGCAUCACUGAGUCAUGGCUGAGGGAAGAUUAUAGCUGUGAGCUUGGCAUCCAAGGAUACAUAUUGUAUUGAAAGGACUGGCAGGUAGGCAGAGGAGUGGGGUGACUCUGUUAGUAAAAUAUGAAAUCAAAUCCUUAGAAAGAGGUGAGAUAGGACUGGAAGUUGUUGAACCCUUGUGGGUAGGGAGAAAGAACUGCAAGGGUAAAAGGACCCUAAUGGGAGUGAAAUACAACACUACAACAGCAGGCAUGGUGGAUUUCAAUAUGCAGGUAGAUUGGGAAAAUCAGGUUGGUGCUGGAUACCAAGAGGGGGAAAUUGUAGAAUACCUAUGAGAUGGCUUUUUAGAGCAGGACGAGGUUGAGCCCACUGGGAAAAAGGCAAUUCUGGAUUGGGUGUUGUGCAACGAACCAGAAUUGAUUAAGGGAGCUUAAGGUAAAGGAAACCUUAGGGGACAGUGAUCAUAAUAUGAAAGAAUUCACCCUGCAAUUUGAGAGGGAGAAGUUAAAGUUAAAUGUAUUGUUACAACAGUGGAGUAAAAGGAAUUACAGAGGCCAAAGUGGAUUGGAAGGAGCACUAGCAGGGGUAAUGGCAGAGCAGCAAAGGCUGGGGCUGCCGGAAGCUAUUCAGAAGGCACAGGGUCUGGAAGAGGAAGAAGUAUUGUAAAGGCAAACUGACGCAACCGUGGCUGAGGUUACUAAAAUAAAAGCCAAAGAGAGGGCACAAAAUAGAGCAAAAAUUAAUGGGAAGGUAGAGGAUUGGGAAGCUUUUAAAAACCAACAGAAGACAAAUACAAAACUCAUACAUAAUGAAAAGAUGGAAUACGAAGUUCAGCUAGCCAAUAAUAUUAAAUAGGAUUCAAAAAGUUUCUUCAGAUACAUGAAAAGUAAAAGAGAGGUGACAACAGAUAUUGGACCACUGGAGAGUGAUGCUGGAGAGGUAGUAAUGGGGACAAGGAAAUUGUGGACAAACUAAAUAAGGAUUUUGCAACAGUCUUCACUGUUGAAAACACCAGCAGUAUGUUGGAAUUCUGAGUGUCGGGGGCAGAAGUGUGUGAAAUUAUCUUUACUAGGGAGAAGUUUCUUGGGAAACUGAAAGUAGAUAAGUCACCUGGACCAGAUGGACAACAACCCAGGGUUCUGAAAAAGGUGGUUGAAGAGAUUGUAGAGGCAUUAGUAAUGAUCUUUCAAGAAUUACUAGCUUCUGGAAUGGUUCCGGAAGACUGGAAAAUUGCCAAUGUCACUCCACUCUUCAAGAAGGGAGAGAGGCAGAAGAAAGAAAGUUAUAAGCCAGUUAAUCUGACAGUGGUUGGGAAGAUGUUGGGGUCAAUUGUUAAGAAUGUCCUUUUGAGGUACUUGAUGGUACAUGAUAAAAUAGGCUGAAGUCAGCAUGGUUUCGUAAGGGAAAAUCUUGCCUGACAAAUCUGAUGGAAUUCUUUGAAGAAAUAAAAGCAGGAUAGACAAAGGAGAUUCGGUGGAUGUUGUGCACCUGGAUUUUCAGAAGGCCUUUGACAAGGUGCUACACAUGUGGUUGCUUAACAAGUUAAGACCCCAUGGUAUUACAGGGAAGAUACUAGCAUGGACAGACCACUGGCUGAUCGACAGGAGGCAAAAAGUGGGAAUAAAGGGGGAGAAAAUUCAAAAAUAUGAGGUGCAAAGGGACUUGGGGGUCCUCGUGCAGGAUUCCCUGAGGGUUAGUUUGCAGCUUGAGUCAGUGGUGAGAGAGGCAAAUGCAAUGUUAGCAUUCAUUUCAUGAGGACUAGAAUAUAAACGCAAGGAUAUAAUACUGAGGCUUUAUCAGACACUGGGAAGGCCUCACUUGGAGUAUUGUGAGUCAUUUUGGGUGCCUUAUCCAAGAAAGGAUGUGUUGACAUUGGAGAGGGUCCAUUGGAGGUUCAUGGGAAUGAUUCUGGGAACGAA